UACUGUCGAUAGUUAAUAGAUAAUACAUAACCUCAUUCUAACAUUGCCCAUCAUUUCUCUAAAGUACCGAUACUCGGCUGAGGUGAAAUCGGGCCAUAAAACGGUGGCCCGACGAGUAGCAUACUACGCAUAGAUCAUACACUUAUGUACUACGGGUGGUUGGUGGCGUAAUGCGUAUCCCUCGAGACUAUACGAUUGGAUAUAUGUCAAAUUUGAACUUGUCAUUUGUCGUAAUGUCACUGUCAUGUUGGUGAACACUGAACGGCAUUGAAUUUAUGUGCAAUAGAAAUAAAGUAAUUGAGUUUAAUUUGUUUAAAAGGCUUAAAUUUUAUUUAAUAUAAAUCCAAAUGAAAUAUCUUAAAUAAGCUAAUUUAUUGUAUAUUCUGACUAUAAUAAAAUAUAUCUUAUAUAUUAGUUAAUCCUCUAUAAUGUCAUAUGAAUGGUUUGAACGUAUUGGACAACCACGUUUUGUUGUCGCACCUAUGGUUGAUGCGAGUGAACUCGCAUGGAGAUUGUUAUGUCGAAGACAUGAAGCGACGUUGUGUUAUACUCCUAUGCUACAUAGUGCUAUAUUUAUAAAAGAUCCCAAAUACAGAAAGGAGAACUUUACCACUUGUAAAGAGGAUCGUCCUUUAAUUGUUCAGUUUUGUGGAAACAAUCCAGAAACAAUGGCAGCUGCUGCUAAGUUAGUUGAAAAGAAUUGUGAUGCCAUAGAUGUUAAUCUUGGUUGCCCACAGUCAAUUGCCAAGCGUGGGAGGUAUGGGGCAUUUCUUCAAGAUGACUGGGAUCUUUUAAAAGAAAUAGUAUCUACCAUGUCAAAGGCAGUAUCAAUACCAAUUACAUGUAAAAUAAGAAUUUUUGAAAGUGUAGAAAAGUCAGUGGAAUAUGCAUUGAUGUUACAAGGUGCAGGAUGUAAGCUGCUUACAGUACAUGGGAGAACUAGAGAUCAAAAGGGACCAUUAACAGGUGUUGCAAAUUGGGAUUAUAUCAAAGCUGUUAGGAGCUCUGUUUCAAUUCCAAUGUUUGCAAAUGGGAAUAUUCAAUGUUUAGAAGAUGUAUACAGGUGUCUAGAGUAUACUAAAGUUGAUGGUGUUAUGAGUGCUGAAGGUAAUCUGACAAAUCCUGCAAUAUUUGAAGGCAUUAAUCCUGUAACAUGGGAUAUUGCUCUUGAAUAUCUUGAUUUGGUGCAGAAAUAUCCAUGUCCUAUAUCUUUUAUACGAGGUCACUUGUUUAAAAUAUUCCAUAAAAUUUUUUCUUUUAAUACCAAUAAUGAUGAAAGAGAACUUUUGGCUACUGGCCAAAAUUUAAAUGAUUUUAUCAAAGUUUGUGAAACACUGCGAGACAAGUAUUUAGCGUAUCAUCUGGGUGAGGAACUAUUUGAUGACAAUGAGAACAUUACAAGACAAGGCUUCAAUUUGAUAUUACCACCCUGGAUAUGUCAACCAUAUGUUAGAAUGUCUCCUGAAGCACAUACUGAAAAAAUGCAAAAUUUAAGUAAAGUACAGAACAGCACUUCUGAUGUUAAAAGAGCACAUGAUGAUCUAGAUGGAAGCAUUUCAAGGAAGAAAAUGAAAAAACUGAAAAGGAUAAUGAGAAGACCUAAUAAACCAGAAAAUGGUAAACAACACAGUCGAACAGGAGAUAUUUGUGUCAAUAACUCUUGUCGCAAUCCUCUUGGAGGAAAGUGCUUGUUUCGGUUUUGUAAGAAAUGUUGUCGAGAUAAAUGUUUUGAAGAAGAUUUAGAUUGUGAGGGGCACAGAAUAUUGGUUCGCACGCGACGUCAAAUGGCAAAAAAAUUUGCUAAAGAAAGUAGUUCAGAAGAUAGCAAAAAAAAAAAUUGAUAAGUAAUUGAAAUUAAUCUUAUUAUUUUGAUAGAAAUCAAGGUAACUUUGAUACUUGUACAGAAUUGUAAUUUUUUUUAGAUAAUAUAUAUUGAUAAGUAAA